AGUGGAACUGAAUGGAACAAGUAAACAACAAAGCAAAAUAUUUUUUGCACCACGUGUUUCUUUUUGGUCUUUAGUUUUCAUUAAAAUAUUAUUUUUUGUUAUAAUUUCUACUACUAAGAAAGCAACAUGUGUCAGUAUUAGUUGUAAUAAAGUAAAUAAUCGAAAACAGUCAAAAGUAUAAAUAAUUUGAAGGGAACGAAAAAAUCUAUGGAAAAAAUGGAAGAUAAUUUUGAAAUUUCAACGGGUAGUAAGUUAACUCCAAACUUAUAUCCCAAUUUCAGAAAACGAUCGUCAAAGAAAAACGUAUUUUCUAAUAUUGAAAAGAUUUCUAAUUUCACAACUCCAGUUAAAAAUAAUCUUAAGAAACCACUCGUUAUUCAAGCUGAUUCAAAUUCUGAUGAAGAGCCUACUGAUUUUACUUCGCAAAAUGUUGAAAAUGACAUCGAAAUUAGUUCACCGGAAAGUAAUAAAUAUUUUGAUAAUUCGAAUAUAUUCGAAAGAACUAACAUUUCCGAAUUGAGUGUAAAGGAAAAUAUUUACGAAGAUAUGGAACAAACAAAUGAAAUUUAUCACGAGGAAAUUGAAAGCGACAAUUUACCAAAAUUUUAUUGUUUAAAAAAUAAGGUUCUCGUUGUUAUGAGACCGGAGACAAUAUUUUGGUUCUGUGGAAAAUUGAAAGUGCAAGUUUUAUACGGUGCGAUUAAAAUUUACGGAGCUAUUUUAAAUAAACCAGAAAGUUAUCAAGUUUAUUCGCCAAGAAGUCAUAGUUUACUUAGUAUUGAGACAGAAACUAGUGAAUUAAAUUGCGAUAAGGAAAUAUUGUGGCAAACACUCGUUAAUGAAGGACUAGACCGAAAUGUCAAAAGUUCUUUGGUUCAGCUUAUUAAUCAGUGUCAAUCAGGCUGGGCAAUUAUUUUAUUGAAAAACUUGAUAAAUCACUUGACGACAUUUCUCAACACCUAUUGUUCAUUUAAAUUAUAUCCAAAAAUUGAAGAUCAAACAUUUUAUUCGUGGAACGAUUUGAAACGAGCAGAAAUGAUACUACAAAGUAAUUUACGUUUCGGUAGAACCAGCAAGCAAUUAAUUGUAAAUCCCGAAUGGAAAACGAAAAUAAUUGACACAAUUAUAGAAGAAUUUGAACAUAAACAAUCGAUAAAUCUUAUUUUUGGUGGAAAAGCCGUUGGUAAAUCGACAUUAUCAAAAUAUCUAGUCAACGCAAUUAUUCCAAAUUCGAAUAAAAUUGUUUUCGUUAAUUUGGAUCCGGGACAAACUGAAUGCACACCUUCGGGAUGUAUUUCUUUGAAUUUAAUUGAAACGCCAUUUUUGGGACCAAAUUUCACUGAAUUACGAACUCCGUAUUAUCAGAUAUAUAUUGGAGACGUAAAUGUUGCUAAUUGCGUGACACGUUAUUUAGAAGCUGUAAAAAUAUUAGUAAAUCGAUUAAAAAGUGAUUCGAAAAUUUCCAAUUUACCCGUUAUUGUCAAUACAAUGGGCUUUUGUAAAGGAAUUGGUAUGGAUAUUGCUCUUUCUAUCAUUCGAAUUUUUCAACCGACAAAUGUCAUACAAAUUAUGUCGAAAAAAGUGAGGAACAAUUUUGAAAAUUACCUCACUGAAAAUGCUGCUAAGCAAAAAUCAUCGUGGACUGUUUAUGAAGAGGACAAACAAAUUGAAUUGUGUUACAAUUUUCAUCGAAUUAAUUCGGAAGCUGAAAUGCAUGGAAACGGUGAGACGUUUAAUAUGGAGCCCUAUCAAAAACGAGAUCUUGUUAUGCUCGCUUACCUUAGUGAAAUAACGAAAGGAAAACAACACAUGAAAUCAUUAAAAUUUACAAUACCGAGUAUAAACGACAUUACCCCGUACAAAGCGCCUUUGUCGUCACUUUACUUGUCACUGACACAAACUGGAGUUCCAUUAACACAUGUACUUGCAGCUAUGAAUGGAAAUAUAGUGGCUCUUUGUGGAUAUGAUCCAUCUGCUGAAUCCAAUAAUUCAGCUCUUUCAAAUUCAGAAAAUUCACAAGUCCUGAUUAGAACGCCACUAAGUACCUGUUAUGGAUUCGGAAUAAUCCGAGGAAUCGACAUGGAGCGAAAGAUCCUUUAUAUCAAUACACCAUUAACAAUGGGAGAAUUAAAAUUAGUUAAUUGUUUGGUGGACUGUGUGCCAAUUCCAACAGCAUUGUUGCCACUAAAUUUACCAAAUGCGCCAUACACGGGUAAUAAGGCCGAUUUACCAACGAGUAAAGAACAUCGACGAGGAUUCUUCAGAGUAAGAAAUCAAACAACAACAACAACAAGAGAAACUAGCGAAUAAAGUUUAAAUUUUAUUGUAUACAUUUUCAAGUAAGUAAUUUUAUUUUUUUUUUGAAGCAUUUACCACUUUUUUUUAAAAUUAGUUUUUUUUUUGCUCAGAUAAUUAGAGUAUUUUUUUUCUUACUAUACUUAACAGUUGAAAAAAAAGACUAACAUUGAACAAUUACGAAAUUGUUCUUUGUACAAUGUACAAUUAUUUAGCUAUACAUCAAAGUGCCGAUGAAAAUAAAUGUGAUACAUUUAAAAGUACAAAAAAAAGAAAAUAAUUUAUAUUUUUA